UCGCGCGCGAAGCAUGCCGCGCGCGCGCAACUUUCCCGAUUUCUAAACUUAAAACAAUAGUGCCGUGUUAUUUAUGAUUAUGACAGUUUUUGUGACAUGUUGCUAAUCGUGUAAUGAGUGUGUCAUGUGAGCCUGUAUUGCGGAUUCGCAAAUUGCUACUGUUUACCUUUUUAUGGUUAGGAACAAAUGUCACAAUGGACAGGUCGGUGCGAUGAGAUCGGCGCUGGCGCUGCUGGUGAUGGUGACGGCGGCCGCUGCGCAACUGCCUCCUGCCGACGCGCCCCUCAACGACACACGCUGCGGCACAGAGUGUGUGAGGUGCGCAGCGGACGGUUGCAUCAAAUGCGCCCGGCUGCUGGUCUGGCCGGGCGGCACUUGUGCGCAUACCUGUCCAGGCGGCUCACGCGAGGCCUGGGCGCAUGAUGACCACCUCAUGGGCCGCGUCUGCUAUCCCGCCAAUACUUAUAAUGAGGUGUUAGUUGGCGGUGCGUGUGGUAUAAUUGUCUGUGUGCUGCUAGUCGUUGCUGGUGCGACGUAUGCGCGUUGCCGGAGCAGCGCACGGACGCGCUCGCAACCGUUGCCACAACCUGGGUUGGACGACGACACGCGGCUUAGAGAGUUCCACAAACAGCUGGACUGCUUGCGACCACACGCCUACACGUUGCUAGCAAUAUUAAACCACACCCGGCACCAGGUCCGGGAACUGUACCAGCUGGGCAACCGCGAUGCCGCAAUGGCUUACAGUUGCGUGAUGAGCGACCUGGCGAAACUGCUUAUUUUGUUGAAUAAGCAGCAAGUGCCCGUAGUGCCGGAGGAGUGGCCACGGCUCGCCAGCUGGGCUGAAAGAAUAUUAAAACGCUACAGCCGCAACCCACUGCCGCCGCAGUCGCAAGAGCAUCAGCUAGUAAAUUUCCUCUCGCCCCCACCGAGCCAAAGCUCGGACUCUGAUAUCACUCAGCAGUCCUUCUCUACUUUUAAGCCCCCUUCAUACUCUCCAACGUCAUACGACAGUACUUUGGAUAAAGAAUUAGAGAGCCAAUGGGCGGACGUCCGGCCGCCUAGCUACUCGCAGAUAGAGAAAGAGAAAGAGACAAUAGUCCUCUCCGAUCCAUGGGAGAGGAGACCAAUUGUUAGAAGAGAGAGUGUGUGGCUCGAAGACGAGCUAUUUGAAAUGACAAGAAGACCACAGGACGAGCUGACCACAGAACUAUAACAAAGAAUAGAAUAGGAACAAGUAGCAUUUCUUCCAGCAUUCCAAUGUUUUCAAUAAACCCACGUAACAAUUUUAUAGGGGAAACAUGUAUACAAUACAACGUGUAACAAAAAUAACUGACAGUGAACACUAAGAUCUCGAUCUUUUGUUAUAACACUUAUAACCGAAUUCCGAACUGGAGGAGAUUUUGACAUUAUCGCUAAUAUGUUUAUCUAAACGGCCUAAACCUAUUUGUCUAUGCGAUAUUCAAUUUAUGAUUACAUUCAAUAGUUUAUUCCAAUGGUUUCAUAAAUUGGGUGCCGGAUUUGUUGUUUAUAAAUUUUAGAUGAAAUGCCUAGUUAUUAUUUUAAUUAAUUUUGUUUAAAUAUAUUCGUAUGUUUUUCUAUCUUAAUAAUUCUAGUCAAUACGUAACUUUACACUUAUUACCUAUGUAGCAUAUUUCUAUACUUCACCUCGGAAAAAAAAUCCUAUAUUUCAGAUUGUCAGUUGAUAUACCGUUACACGUUGAUAUUAAAAAUGACCGUUAAAAAUAUUGUUUCGUGAACUUAGGAACAGAACACAAACACAAAUUGAACCUACCAAUUAAUUGGAAUAUAUAUUGUAUAGGUAUUUUAUUACGCUAACGCUAAAGUAGACAUGAAAAAUAAUUAUUGCAGACAAAUUUGGUUAUACACCUUAUUAACUAACCAAGUUAAUCAUCGAUCGAAUUUCGAUUACCUAUAUCUGCCUAGUUGGAAUCGUUUGAAGACUGCAGUCGCUACGAAAGUUUGUGACAUAAGAUUAUCUUUAGUAUGUUUGCUCUAGUGAUAGCAUUACACUACGAUUCUUCAUUUGAAGCUAGUGUGCUAGUAAAAACGACGGCUACCGUGAAAGUCGGAAAUCGAAGAAAGUCGGUCUCCACUCUAUCGAUCUUGCAAAUUGCAAUAUUCGAUUAACAGGAACGCAGAUAGCAAAUUUUAUAAUUUCGAUAUUUACGGUAACGCCCUAGAAAAGUUGUAACUUUUACCCAAAACCGUUUACUAAGCUUGACCCAAGAAAGUCUUUGAAGUACAAAAAAAUACAACUCAAUGCGACGUUAAUUUAUAAAAUGUGUGUAUAGUUAUCAUAUUGUAGUAACUAAAUAUUAUUUUUGUAAGUAGGGAAUUAGUGCUUAUUGACGCAUAGUUUAUUACUUUAAUACAUUAUACCGUGUCGUACCUGUAACUUAUCGAAAUGAAUAAAAGAAUAAAGUUGACGGAUAACCUUU